UUGCUAUCAAUUAGUGCUCAACUCCUUAUUUGCUAGUUUGCUCUCACUUCUGAUGAUAAUUAGUCCAAUUCUUUCUUCCAUUUGAGUCCAGGCUCCGUUUUGAGUGGGUGGUCAAUGAGUCAGCAGUCACGAUUGCCCAUUGCUGGGAUUAUUUUUUCCCACUUACUGCUCAGUUUUGCUGACUUCACUCUUGGUGGCUCUAGUCCAGACAGCCCAUUCAUUUUAGGAUUGCUUCCUCUUUUCCUUAAAACAGAAGAUCAGCCAAGCAGACGACGUUGACAAUGUAGUUGUUUAAUCAUAACUGUGCAGAUAAAACUACUGACUAGCGGAAAAACAAAAAUUUAAAAGCUUGAUUCAGAGCUUCGGGGGCUCGCUGUGAAGUAGGGAUGACUGGCAGACCUCGAUCUGAUCCCACACCUCUGCAAGACUCCUCGGGCAUCCUUGCGACGGAGCGGCUGGUGCCGUGGGGCGCAGCGGGGCGCAGCACCGCCUUCCCGUCUCCUCCUCCUCCCCUUCCUCCUCCUCCUCCUCUCCCGACAUGGCGGCCCCCGCGGAACCCAGCGGGCUCACGGACGAGGCAGCCUACGCUGCCUGCUCGGAGCCGGAUGCCAGCACCAAGGAUUUUAUAUUUCAGCAGACAAUGUUAAGAGUAAAGGAUCCUAAGAAAUCAUUGGAUUUUUAUACAAGGGUACUUGGAAUGACACUGCUUCAAAAAUUUGACUUUCCUACUAUGAAGUUCUCACUCUUUUUCCUGGGGUAUGAAGAUAAAAAUGAUAUCCCGAAAGAUAAAGCUGAGAGAACACCUUGGACCUUCUCUAGAAAAGCUACACUUGAACUGACACACAACUGGGGCACUGAAAAUGAUGACAGUCAGUCUUACCACAAUGGCAAUUCAGAUCCCCGAGGAUUUGGACACAUCGGAAUUGCUGUUCCUGAUGUCUAUAAAGCUUGUAAGAGGUUUGAAGAGCUAGGAGUGAAAUUUGUGAAGAAACCAGAUGAUGGUAAAAUGAAAGGACUUGCAUUUGUUCAGGAUCCUGAUGGCUACUGGAUUGAAAUUUUGAAUCCUAACCACAUGGUGACUCUCACUUAGUGCUAGUGAAGUAUAAGAGAGACCCACUUUCAGAUUCCUGGAGAAAAUCUGUAACAGAUGUUUAUGAAAUUUGCUUAAUAGAGAUGAAUCAGUCAUGUUUAGAGUCUGCUCCAAAACUAUCCCCUGGGACCUCACCUGGAUUCCUUUUCUCUUGUCCUGUGAUUCCACUGCAAAUUCUUUCCAGUUAGGAAUACUGAAUCAUUUUCUGGAAGAGCACUUACACAGAUUCUCCUCUUGAACAUUCAUUAUGUUAAUAUUUCAAUAAACACUGUCAAAAGAUUUGUUACCAGAAGCUCACUGCAUCUCACACUGAUUGGAUUUAAAGUAGCAACGACAACAACUACUGUGUUACUACUGACGAGCAUCAAUGAGGAGGCAAAAAGAAACUUCAGUAUAUUUUUUUAUGAAGUCAGAAGAUCCUGAAGGCUUCAUGUCCCAUCUCAUAUACUAGAAAAUAAAAUUUCAGGCUAAUUCUGACUGGAGUAGUAGCAUGCUUAUAAAAGUCAUAAUCUUACUUAUAUUAUUCCAAACAAAACUCUUUUAAGGAGCAGCCUUAAGCAGUCUUGGAAAAAGAAAGUUUACAGAGGGGAUAAAUCUGUACAGCAGAAAGAAUUCAGUCUUUCAGCUCAGCUUCUGACUGCUGAUUGACUGCCAAGAGAAGAGGUCUCAUAGUUGCUAACUCACAGUGACCCUUGUCUCUUUCAACACUAGGAACAACUUGCUCAUAAUUUUUGUUUUCAGUAGAAGCUUGGGGCAUGUUUUACUUAAAUGCUCUGUAUGUUCUGCCUUAGGAAAUUAAUGAAAAAGAGUAUCUGAAACAAGUUUCCUACUACUAGACAUUUGAUCUGCCCUCCCAAAACAAUAGCUCAUAGUACAUACCUGUGAGCAGCAGGAACACAUGUAGCAUUUCCAUGUGUUACACAAAUUAUAAAAAACCCUCUGCCUUGUCUUACUCUGGUUUGAGCAGCACCAAACUUCUUCAGUUAUGCGGCUAUCAAAUAAUGUGUAGUGUAACCAAAGGCUAAUGAAUAGUGUAAUUGCAUUGCAGUUCACUUCCCAAUAAAGCACUGGUGAAAACUACAA